AUAUUUUUUUUUUCGAUUUUUGGUAAAAUAGGGAAAAAGCGCUAUUUCCUCUCUUCUCCGGAUUUGGGGUUCUGUUCUGCCUGUGGAAACCGAAACACACAGCGGAAGCCUCACUCAACUGACAACAGCGGAGAGUGAAGGGAGAAAUCAGAAUCUGCUUUUCAAUAAAACUGAUCGGAGAUAGAAACCCUGAAUAGAAAAAUGGAGAAAGUGAUGAAUAUAUUAAAGCCGAAACCUAACCCGCAGCAAUUGCUGAGAGAUUGGCAGCGUCGCCUCCGCCAAGAGUGCCGCAACAUCGAACGCCAAAUCCGAGAUAUACAGAGAGAAGAGAAGAAUGUGCAGAAGGCGAUCAAAGAGGCUGCUAAAAGAAACGACAUGGGUUCUGCAAAGGCACUCGCAAAAGAACUUGUGAGGUCUAGGAAAACGGUGAACCGACUCUACGAAAACAAGGCUCAGUUGAAUUCCAUAUCAAUGCAUCUUGGAGAAAGUGUUGCUGUUGCUCGAACUGUGGGACACUUGUCGAAAAGUGCUGAAGUCAUGAAGCUUGUCAAUAAUCUUAUGAAAGCUCCACAAGUAGCUGUGACUAUGCAAGAAUUCACUAAAGAAAUGACUAAGGCCGGUGUAAUUGAAGAGAUGGUGAAUGAGGCUGUGGACGAUGCACUGGAUUCAGAAGACAUAGAAGAGGAGACUGAAGAAGAAAUUGACAAGGUCUUAACAGCAAUUGCUGGUGAGACUGCCGCACAACUUCCUGAAGCUGUCAGAAAACAGAAACUAAAGCAACCUGAGACCAGUGAAGAAGCAGAGGAGAAUGCUGAUGAUGAUGAAGAACUAGAAGAAAUGAGGGCUCGUCUUGCCAGAGUUCGAUCGUAACUUGUUUUUCUGUUGCUAUUAUCCACUUGAUAAUGCCAUCACAUCAUGUACGAGGUUAGUACAUAAUGAGGAGAUGCUCGUUUAUACUCUGCAUGACCAUCACCCUCGCAGUGUGGAACGUAUUCUGUAUUUUAGGUGUAUCAUAAAACCUUAGGUGUACUAUAAUGGAACAUCUGAUUCUUGAUUUUGCUCUGCACCUGUGGGUUCGCCCGUUUACACGGUCUUGAAUAUUUAUAAGAGAAGGAAAGAAAGUCAUGAUGCUUGUAUUUUUGGGAGUCCAA